AUGUCAGCCUACGAUUAUUACCAGCAUCAUACGAAUGGAUGGGGGACCAACCAGAUGCGGUUUGGCCCACCUCAGCCUAUCCGCUUCCAACCCCAGCCAAAUUGGGGCGGGUAUGACUUCUUCAGAGCGCAUGCCAACACCACUCCCGAUCCGAACCUCUGGCAACAUGCCUUCCGGCGGAUCAACUCAGAUUCAAUGAACAACUCGCUGGGCGUCGGCCUUCGCGAAGCCCGCUCGCACCAUCACCGCGUGUUUGGCGGGCUCGCCAGCAUGCACAACUUGUCCCCGCAGGAGCUUGGCCACGCAGCUGCGUACGAGGCGUACCGACUUUGGAUUCAUAACAGUUCGUUGUACGAACCGCUCGGUGCGGACCCACAUAGGCAGAAGGAGGCACUCGUGGGGCUGGCCGUCGCUGAAGCUAUGAGACUUUACAACCAUUCGUCCCAGCGGAUGGACAGCCAUGGACGUUAUCCAGCGAUCGAGGCGGCUGCCGCAACAGCGUCAAUGCUCUUCCAAGACGUUAUCGCACGCGAAAGCACGGGCGGCAUGGGGCGCGGCCGGAGCCCAAGCCCAAUGGGACGCGGCGUAAGCCCAGGAUCGCCUUACGCAGGCGCGGGAUAUGGCGGGGGCAGCUACGGAGGCGCCGGCGUGCCCGCGGGCGCCUAUGCCUCCUCAUACGGCGGUAAUGCGGGCGGGUAUGGAGGCUACGAUGGCACGGGAUACCCCAAUGCCACUGGUACCGCAGGCGCUUACGGCGGCGCUGGCGCUGGUGGAAGCCCCUACCUCAAAGACGCCUACCACUCCGACUACGACGCGCCUUGGUUCUCGGGGCGGCAUGCACACAGUCCCGGAUCUGGGUACGGCAGCCAGCGGCAGCGCCGGCACUCGCAUACGGGCUACGGGAUGGGCAUGGGCCAGCCGCCGAGCCCGAUACAGAUGGUCGGACCUUACCCGCGCUCGCCGUCACCGUACAACGUCCCCGGUGCCGCAUCGCAAGGCGUCAAUGCGUAUCCCGGACGCGCGCCGAGUCCGUAUAACAUCGCGGGCGCUUCUCAGGGCGGUUAUCCGGGGCGUGCGCCGAGUCCCUAUAAUGUGGCGGGCGCUUCGCAGGGUGCUUAUCCGGGACGCUCGCCGAGCCCAUACAACGUCGCCGCGCCUGCGAGCCCCUUGAUGCACAGUCAUAGCCACAGCAGCCACAGCGGGCGCUCGCCCUCACCUUAUCGCAGCAGCGGACAGAGUCACGAGCAUAGUCACAGUCACAGUCAUCGAAGCCACAGUCACAGCAGACGCUCGCCCUCGCCUAUGCGGGCUUUACCCAUCCAGCCCGUCCAGCAGGCGCAGGUGCCCAUGGUGCUUGACUCGCGCGGAAGACCGUAUAAAGGCGCCAAUGUGUACCAGGCUACGAGCGGACACACGGUGAUUGAGAUCCCGUCGAGCUCAUCGAAGCACAAGCAUCACAGUUCGACCUCGAAGAGUGGUCACCAUCACUCGAGCUCGAGGAGCGGGCACCAUUCUUCAAGCUCGGGCGGGCUGUUUCAUCGGUCGCGGAGUUCGGAGCCGGGGCCCCGUGUGUAUCGUGUGUAGGAGGUGAUGCGCUCAUGGGUUGAAGAGGAGGGCUCAAAGUGUACGAAAGGCGAUGGGUCGAGGAGAUGUAGGAGAUAUCAACUGUUCAUUGUACAUUAUACCGCUCCCUAGAAGGGAGCUUGUAACUCGCAUACUUGCACUGUAGUGUACUCGUACUUGCUUUGCGAUUAGCUUUGCUAUGUUACUUGUUUUGCUCUGUGUAAUAAC